UACGUACGCGCCGCCCGGCCUGUCCUUACUGUGUCUGACAUCAAGCAGGAGCGGACUAGAAAGGAACGGCAGCAUGUCAUACAGCACCGAGCAGAGGGCCAAGGCCAACAGCCUGGAGUACCGGAUCUUCUUCAAAGACUGCAAGGGACAUUACAUCUCUCCAUUCCACGACAUCCCUCUGUAUGCAGAUGAAGGAAAUAACAUAUUCAACAUGGUCGUAGAAGUGCCACGAUGGACUAAUGCAAAGAUGGAGAUUGCUACAAAAGACCCAUUGAAUCCCAUCAAACAAGAUGUGAAGAAAGGCAAACUGCGUUACGUGGCCAACGUUUUCCCGCACAAGGGUUAUAUAUGGAAUUAUGGAGCUAUCCCACAGACUUGGGAAAAUCCAUCUCACAUUGAUGAAAACACCGGGUUUGGUGGUGAUAAUGACCCUAUAGACGUAUGCGACAUUGGGACGAAGGUUUGUGACAGAGGAGAAGUCAUUAAGGUUAAAGUACUUGGCACCCUAGCAUUGAUUGAUGAAGGAGAAACCGACUGGAAAAUAAUAGCUAUCAACGUUGAAGACCCUGAAGCUUCCCUCUAUAAUGAUAUGGAGGAUGUCAGAAGACUGAAACCCAAUUAUCUGGAAUCUACCGUUGACUGGUUCAGGAGAUACAAGGUGCCUGAUGGAAAACCAGAGAACCAGUUUGCCUUUGAUGCAGAGUUUAAGAAUAAGGAUUUUGCGAUAGAAGUGAUCAAAUGUACUCAUGCUCAAUGGAAGGCACUGGUGACUAAAAGCACAGAUGGCGGAGAAAUCAAUUGCAUGAACACUACGGUGCAUGACAGUCCUUUCAUUUGCAAGCCAGUUGAAGCGAAGGCUGUUAUAGAAGCGACCCCUCCAUGUGGACCUGCCAGCCCCAUCCCAUUAGAUGUGGAUAAGUGGUUUUAUUAUCAGAAGAACUAAUUAACAGGUGAUGGCCUCCCACCAUUACUGCAUGCCUUUCCCUAGGUGUUUGGAUCUGCACCUUAGAGACAAUAUCGACAGACAACACACAGCCUUGUAUUCAGAAGCCACGGUAACCCUGGAUGAUUCUAUACAUAAUGGUGCAAUGUGUACCAUAAGCUGCUACAUCUUCAAAUGGAUUACUGUUAAUAACACAGACAUAGUCUUCAUUGUGUAUCAGCAACUGAAGCUUCUGUUUAGCUCUUGCUAGUUAUGUAAAAGCAGACUGCACAAUUGGCAUGCCGAAAUCUGCUAAACCUCUGAGUAGAGUUCCUCUACAAUAAAAGCAAAUAAAAGCUACUUUGUUGGUAAA